AUGUCCGACCUACCCAUUUGUCCUGACGAAUACCAUGCCGACUCCUUCCCCAGCCAGUCUCCAGCUUUUUCUGAUUGUGACAGCACUGGGGCUCUCACUCCGACUUGGUCCACCAGCGCCCAGCCUUCCACUCCAGCCGAGAGCGACACCAGCAGCUCCGUGAUCAGCGAAUCAACUGCGGCACUGCACAAUGAACUUGACAGGAAACUGGAAGCCCUUGUUCUGGCUGAAGAGACAGUGCCUCUCCACGGACAGUCAGCGGCCGAUCUACCUACCGAAGUGCCUGCACCGACUUCUAGAGACCCAUUUGGAUUCGUGUGUGCAUUCGGGUUCACCGGUUCAUUCGAUGAGCCAUCAGCCGUCCCGAGGACGAAAGGGGCCUUCCUCGAUGCAAUCAGAGGCGAGAUUGAGGGAAUCGGCAUGACGCAGCGAGGUCUCCAAUCCUACCAGAACGCCAUCAACUCUCGAAAGUAUCACACCUUUAGCACCCAGUUUCUCAUUGAUCAGAACACCGCCACCGUGAUCACUCUCGACCAGUUGGAUCAGAUAACCUUCCACCUGAAGAAAGUCGAGGAAGAAGCACAGGAGAUUGAGAAUGAAGAGGAAGAGGUCAAGGACGAGCUUAUGGAAGCCUUUAAGCAUGCCCAACCGUGGGUGAUGCGUGUACGGGCUAUCCUGCGGCAUUGCCACGUUUUCUACAAGCUCAACUUUGUCCUAGCCACGGGAAGCAAGACUGCAUAG